UCUACCGGACCUGAAGACUUGUGGCCGUACUUCUCUCCCUGUUCUUUUAUACUGUGGGUACACAUCAACAUCGCUUUCUCCCCCAUGUCCUAAGGCCUCUCUAGAACCUCCUCUCUAAGCUAUAGGACUAAGUUAAUGAGAACAGAUUCACAGGCAUGACUUCAUCCUUCCAUCCAAAGUCCUCUGGACUCAGUGGGUUUCUCACUUCUGGGACACUGCAUCCUGUCACCUGCCAUCUCAGCAUCCCCAGGGACACACGUGAAGCUGACAGCUCCUUCAUGUACAUGAGGGCUGCCUUUUUGCUUUGGGUCGCUGGGUGGUCUCACUGACAGGCAUGGACAUUAGAAAUGGGUGGGCUCCCAGGGCUGAGGAAAGGAAACCUGGGAUUGGUCCCACUGAGCCCUCUUCUCCUUUCAGCUCCCACCCUGGAGGCCGGUCACCGAGGGCCUUUGAGGACAAAGUGGAGUUUCCAAAGGCCAGAGCUGCAAGCUUCACAGACACAGCUGCAGCCAGGCACCCAGGUGACCAGUUAUCUGCUGCUGCAGCUGGACCAGUUGGACUGUGGUGACGGCAAAGCCAGGCUUGGCCUUUGCUCCACCACCUGGAGCUUUAGAGCCCACGGUCCCUUCAGAAAUCAGUGGCCGCUCUUCCAAGGACUGGGUUUCGAUGCUUCCCUCAGAGGAAAGAAACCUCCCAAGCUGGAGGGUGAUGCUCUUGAGGGCUCAGCUGCCUUAAGUGCCCAGAAACAGAAGAUUAUCAAAAGAAAACUGCUCUUCAACAAGUGGAGGAUAACAUGCAAUUUCCCCAGCCUUCAGCUGAGGGUGCUGAGAUACCAAGAUCUCUGGAACUAAGGAAAGAUAUUCCUGAUUUGAAAGAAACCGCAUCACAAAAAGUACCAUUUUCACUUGAUGAAAAAAAUCUGAAACAGCAAAUCAAUUUAAAACCCAAACAGAACAGUGAAGGGAUCCUAUGCUGAAGAUCAACAUCACAACCACAAAGCACUCUCCAAGGUUUUUACUGCAAAGCCUGCUUUGAUGGGAAAAAUGCCAGCCCUUCGGCCUCCAACUGCGCUAAGUCACUGAGGAGACCACUGCCUAGACCCACACACGGUUAUGAGAGACCUUAACCCUUGCUGCUCUCAGUUCCCGUCCUGCACAUCAGCAGAAUCAGGAGCAACUGGCAAAAGACAACAUGACAGACCGGGCGUUCUGUGCCACCAGCUGGGCUGUGCGAGGAACAGACAGCACUAACUAUGUAGUGCUAUGGUGACAACGUUUAGCCUGAAUUCAGUCAUGAGGUAGUCCUGAGACAAGUGCAGAAUCUAGACCACUGCACAAGACAACUGGCCCCACCUCUACAAACAAGGCAACGUCACCACAAGUAAGAUAACAAAAAGGAGAAGAGACUUUUGGGCUGCUAAACGACUAAAAAGAUUUCUUUAGUCCUUUGGAUCCAAAAACCUCUCCUCACCUUUUGUUGUUUUUGGUGGCGGUGACAUUGCCUUGUUUGUAGAGGUCAGGACAGUUGUCUGGUUCAAUGGUCUACAUUGUGUACUGGUCUGACCACUUCCUCAUGACUAACUCAGGCCGACCCUCUUGCCAAGAGCCCUACGUAGUUAGUGCUGGGUGCUUCCUAGUGGAGCCCACCUGGAGACUAAGAAUGUCCGGUGUGUCCAUCACUGUGACUGCCGUACUAGCAUGGGUCACGUUGUUAUGGAGGGGCCUACGAGAUCUGUUCAUUGUAAGGGCACAUUUUUUCCUUUCUAUAAUGAGUAAGUAAUUUGGUGAGUGGUACUUUGAGAGUGUGUGAACAUCCUCUUUUCUAAAGAUCUUUCUCUAAAUAUUUUACCAUCCUUAAUGAUCCCUGAUGUAUGUCGAUUAGCAUAUUUGCAUUUAUACAUUGGAAAUUUUCUAAUCCGUUCAUACCUAUAGCCUUGUAUUUGUUGGCAUUGUGCCAUGAAAAAGAACAUUCCUUCCCCUUGUAUGCUAUUAAAAUUUUUGUUUUGACUGUCA